UGGAGAUUAUUGAUUUUCGCGGUGUGUGUCUGGAUGGCGAUGGGUCAGGUAUCUAGCACCACGCCACCACCCUACAUUUACCCCAGAUGCGCGCCCAGGAACACCACCAUCCUAGCACCUUAUUUGCAAAGUAACGGCACCGUACUACCAGCCGUGCCAACGUUCCCUGAUACGUUCCAAGUGCGAGUGGAAGCGAACAUUCUUGAAAUGAAUAAGACGAUCGUGGGAGAGGAAUUCCACGACAUGAACAAGCGCGCCGCAUUGAGAACCAUCACGAACAAUUCAGAGAACUAUAUGAUCUUAGACUACUACAACGGUCAGCUGUUCUAUGACGUCAACGGUGUCUGCUAUGCCACGGAUCUGAAGUAUGACGACAAUCAACUGUUGUUUGGAAUGCAAAUGACCGGCGCUGGUAUUCCCCAUUUCUACAGCACGGCGCAGGCACUGCAGUUCGCAAAGGCCAAUGGAAUGAUGUACAUGGGCCGUCAGGAGAUCCGAGGCAUCCUGUGUGCCUGGUGGCGCUCGUGUAUGUACUGGGACAUUCUGGCCUCCAACUUUACCCUCGACUUCUUCUUCACAGCUCAGGACAGCAGUUUCACAUGGGUUGGACCUGACAACGAGAACGUGGUUCCCAUCCGCGCCGAGAUUCACGGGACCCAGUACAUCCCCCAGGUGGACGGGUCUAACUCCAAAAAUUUCCAUCACAUAUACGAAUACUUCGACUUCCGCAACGCAAUCUGGGCUCCCGAUGACAAGUUUUGGCCGCCUCAAGGCGUGAUGUGCUCUGGCCGUAGAGACCCGAAGCCUGUGCCGCAGCUGACUUCGCAGUAUUCGUACCGAUUGGAGAUCGUCGACUCUGUCAAUGCAGCGGUCUCACGUGCGGAUAUUUAUUACGACUUCUCGUACCAGCUGGUCAGGUUCGACUACCGGCCGAGUAGCGCUGGGUACCCGUAUUACACGACCAACCCCGUCACCCAGAUACACGACUAUAGCACUGGUUUCGCCUACGCUAUCGACAAGACUCAAGGCAACUGCUCCGUGAGACCAAUCCAGAACGCAAGUUUUUACGCCUCCGUCACCCAGAGGCCCGACACGCAGUUCUACAUCCACAUGAAGGCUGCAUCCCAGCUCCUCUACCUAGAUAACACGACAUAUUCGUAUGAGGGACAGCGCACUGUUCGAGGAAUGCUUUGUGACGUGUAUAUCUCCAAGCGGACGGACUUCACACUUCCCAACAUCUCCAUAAAUUUCACGUCGACCUUCGAAUUCUACUUCUGGUCUGAUUCACCGAUCAACCUGACCACACCCGUACAGCUGGUUAUUACGACACCCGACAUCGUAGGUUAUCGAGAAACGUACAAUAUCUACAACUGGGUGCCAGAGGACCCUACCUACAACAGGUUCGACGUCACCAUCUGCUAUGACGACAACUCACAGAAAUCUUUCACCAUGGAGUGGCCGGGAAGCGGGGGCUCGAGUAUUGCCCUAUUCCAGAAUCAGUUUGUGCGCGCGGUGACGCAGACGAUCUCGCGCCUGACGCACGUGCAGCCCAUUCGCGUGCAGACACCAACGUUCAACUUUGACUCUGCGAAAAUCUAUUUUGUGGCCACACUGGUGGACGCGCCAUCGCCUUUGGGUACGGUGGACUACCAGAGCUCGAACAUCCCCCUGGAUAAGGUGUGGACCACCCUGAAGAACUCCGUGCUGAUCGGUGACUUCCAGUUCUCACUGCCCAUCAACGGACAGCAUGUGCAGUUCACUGCUGGAAGCAUAAAAGUACAUGAGAAAAAGAACACCAAAACACCAUGUAUCAAUGACCCGCAGAAAUCAUCUGGAUACAAUGUAGGUUCGAUAUUCGGUUAAGCGUUCGGUAUGAUAAUGUUGGGCUUCACCUUUUGCCAACUGAUUUGAUUUUGCGAGCAAAGCUUGGUUUUAAAUACAUGUCGGAAUGAACUGUUUCAAGACCAUAAUCAGAUUUAGAUUGUGCAAAUUAAAUUCAACUAAAAUCACGGAGAAGCAGU